CCAUUAUUCCGAACAACUUUCGGAAUGCGGACUCAGCUUUAAGUGGAGCUUUAAAAGCUUUAAAUUCCACCCAAGUUUCUCAUUCUGAAUAUCAAUUGUCUGCAUUACCUAGCUCUACAGCCUCUACUACAUCAUGAUCUGGGGUAAAUUUUCAGCGGGGGUUUACAUUAAUGACCAGCAACUUGAUGAAUUCUGCGUCACUGUGUCCAAUACCCCAUCAGAAAACAGAUUGACAUGCUGGAUUCCGUCUCAAGCAGGGCAGUAUUUUGAAGUUAGGGGGGCUAUCUCUGCUCCGCAGUCCUCUGGCAUUCAUGCAUCUGUUUCCGUGGAUGGGUUUGAAUGUCCCCCAUGGGUUGUGCAACCACCCUGGACGGGUACAGUGGAAUUUGACUGCCUCUCCGACGGAACCGUCGGAAGAAAGUUGAUGUUCAAGGAUAUACAAUUCACUGAUGACGAGUCAAUGAUGGAUCCGGAGUCUAACGAAAUUGGUGAAAUCAUAUUGACAUUACAAAGGGGGAGGUUCAAUAUUUCAAAGCCCAGGAGGUCAAGGAAGUCGAGGACAGCCAGGAAGCGCAAGACAGUCAGGAAGCCAAAGGACAAUAACCACAUUCUUCCGAGUUGUAUGGGUGAAAGGAUGGUAGACGAACGCUUGAAAAAGGGUCGUGCUCACCAGGUUAGCCUCGGGGAAGAAGUCCCGGAUCGCGAAGAACAGACAUCGUACCAUCAUGAAUUUGAUCCGGACUAUCCUGUAACUACCUUCAUUUUCAAAUACACCUCGUUGGAAAUCCUGCGAGCCAAAGGUAGAGUAGCAUAGACGACUCGUAUUUCAGGUCCGUUGUCAGACGAAGAACGGUUGCGGGAAUAUUGUCGAGAGUCGCGGUGCUCGCCUGUCAGAUCGUUUACUCGCAGGAGAAUAGUGCGACGAAUUUAGAAAUGCAGAUAUAUAGUGCAUGAGUGAUGAAUGAAGCCGUGAUAUUGUC